CAAUUGUGGUAGUAAAUGUGUUGGCGAUGUAAUAAAAAACUGACAUAAAAAUGAGAGUUAUUCCCCUUAGUCCGCUCACGUGACACGGAAGUAGCCUAGCUCUGUCUGCAACAACAACAUAAUGCAGACGGUGGAGAAAUGGAGGAUGUUUUGACGUAUAAACACGACCAGGACGGAUGACAGGAGAGUUAGACUUGGAGGUGCAAACUCUAGGCUCUACAUGACACGAUGACCAGCCUCCAAGACGCCAUUGACAAUGGUGAUGUGGCGACAGUGCGGCAGAUCCUCAAGCAGAACACAUGUUCUCAACAGGAGCUCAAGAACUGUCUCUUCUUCAGUUGUGGUAGUGGUAAAGUGGAAUGUGCUGCAUCCAUCUUAGAAACUGCCAUCUCGCCAGAUCUUCACAAUGAGGAGGAGUUCACUCCCCUUACCCUGGCAACCAGAGGGGGGCACAGUCGUAUGGUUGAUCUCCUUAUCCGAUGGGAUUGUGACGUGUCAAUUCCAGGGGGGCCACUGACCAACUCCCCUCUACACUAUGCAUGUAGCGAGGGUUACAACGAAUCUUGUAAACUGCUAGUCGAGGCGGGUGCUGAUCUGAAUUCAAGGAAUGCCAGGUCAGACACCCCUCUCAUUCUUUCUUCCAUGAACGGUCAUAUAAGUAUUGUUAAGUACCUUCUAGAGAAGAAUGCAUCUGUGAGGCGGAGAGGAUAUCACGAGAGAACCGCCCUCCACUGUGCAACUGAGAACGGGCAUCUUGAGAUCUGUCGUCUACUCAUCAACGGCAAUUCUGACCUAGAGGAGGAAGAUACGUUUGGUAAUACACCUCUUAUCUGUGCCGCCGAGAAAGGGUAUGUUGAGGUGUUGAAACUACUUCUCGGUUACAAGUGUGAGGUGAACAAGAUGAGCCACAGUGCAGCCACAGCUUUACAUUUUGCCGCUCAGCAUGGAGAUCUGGACUGCUGCCGACUUCUCCUUGAUGGUGGGGCAGAAAUCGACGCUCCGGACAUCCGUCGGUUUACGCCGCUCAUGAUGGCCUCCCUCAACGGCCAUGAUCAUAUUGUUGAUUUUCUGGUACUACGGAAGUGUAAUGUAAACAUGGUAGCAUAUAAUAAAAGGACAGCGCUGCACCUAGCGGCAGAAAGGGGAAAUCUCAAGUGCUGUAUCUCACUUCUCAAAGCUGGUUCGAAUAUUGACGCGCAGGAUUCAUUGGUUUGUACGCCGAUCUAUAAUGCUGCCAUCAAAGGUCAGGCUGCCAUUGUACGAUUUCUGAUCGACAGCGGGGCAGACCUGAACAAGCGGCCGAGCAGUGGAAAUUCUAUUCUCCACUUCGCUGCCACAGGAGGCAGUCAAGAGUGCUGCCAGGAACUCCUCAAUACCGGCUUUGACAUUAAUGCUCAGAAUCGGGACGGUGUGACACCCUUAAUAUCCGCUGUUAAUGGAAAGCAAAUUAAAGCGGCAAAAUUUCUCCUGGACAACGGAUCUGACACAAAUUUUCGUGAUCUUCAUGGAAUGACGGCUCUGAAUGAGGCAGUCUUCUAUAACUGUCCGCAGCUUGUCGCUCUCCUACUGGAGUACGGAGCCGAUCCCGAUUUGGAGGACUAUGCUGGGACUCUUCCCCUUUGGUUUGCUGUAGAUGGCUUCAGCAACGAAUCGGUGAAGCUGUUACUUGGCGCUAACUGUAAAUUCGACAUACAGUCAACACUUAGCAGCUACUGUGGGCCAUGCAACGCAAUCGAACACUCGGUUCAUAAAAAGAAGGCCCGUGUGCUGAAUUGGCUGGUUUCGGCGUACUGUGAAAACGCCGUUAACGUUCUAAAAGAACACUUGCCAAAAUUAGAAAAAAUGACGUCGCUAAAUGCCAGUAUGAUAGAGCUUGUGCGUGAGGUGACAUCGUCGCCUAGAUCACUAAUGGAACACGCCAGGAAGGAAGUUCGUUCGACGCUGGGUAAGGGCACCGGUAUAACGGAGAAAAUUGAAGCGCUCAAGGUGCCAAAAUGUAUUCAAAGAUAUCUAAUGUUUUCCGAUAUGGUUAACGACACUGAAUCUUCUAAGAACGUCGGUGGCGUCAUGUCAGGGGAUGUUCAGAAGGUGUUACCGAAGCUCGGAGACAAGCGUUUGGCUUUGGCAGGAAGACAAUCUCAUCGAACCCGCAAAUUAACAUCAAUUGUUAACGAAAAACUUAAACGAAAAUACAAAACAUAUGAAAAGGUAGUCGACAAAAAUGCUAAAAGCUUCGAAUACAAAUCGUGGCAAAACACCAUGCCUAUUAAAGACACAAUGCUACGCAUUAGAGGAGCUCAAAAAUGUCUAAAGAAACGACGUGAAUCCGUGUUAUUGGAGGAGGAUCCCGAAAACAAAAAGUUUGGGAUGUAUGAUGGAAUUUCUUUGGAUACUAUGAAGUAUGAAAUAGAUAAAAUCCACCAGGACGCUCAUCCAAGGGUCAGGCGGCUUCGGAAAGUUGAACGACUUCUAGAGAGCGGAAAACAUGACGGUCGUCUGGUAAAUUAUGAUGAAAUAAAAGUCUCCUUAGACGCUAUCUUAAACCGACCCUCAUUAAUGCGUAAAAAUGAGACAAAGUUUGGUAUGGAGGGCUUUAAUGCUUACAUGCGUCCCGUUAGUGCUCACUCGUCUCCGAACACAUUUUCCUUUGACAAGGGGUCCCAUAAAGCCAAACUGCGGCUUCCACCUCUCGUCGUGAGCCGAGAAAACUCAAACCUAGGGGCAGGUUUCGACCGGAUCAAGUCAAUGUCACUUCCCACCUUGUUUAGUGAUGGCAGGUCAAGAACAUUUGCAUUUGAUGCUAAAUUUAAGCUGUGGUGGCUUCUGUCCUUGUGUAUUGGCGCUGCGGCACGGCGUGAAAUGAGUGAGACAGCGCGGUCGGCAGAAUUUAGGAGGAAUGAUGUGGGACUGGCGUUUAACGUAAACACUGUGGGACUGGCGUUCAACGUAAACACUGUGGGACUUGAGUUUGAAGUAAACACUGUGGGACUUGACUGUAAGGCACUAAUCGAAGAAGUACGACCUGGCAAAGGUCGAGUGACACUCUACCAGAGGGCAAACCACUACUAUUCCGACAUUGUCUCUACUACCAUCACCACCUAUAUAUAUACAAAGAUGCAGAAGCCCUCUGGACGACUGGCGGUGGAAGACUACAAGCUCCUCAAGGACCAUGCCGAUGACGUCAUGUUGUUCAAUGACCUAUAUCGGUUGAAACUGUAUCAGGGCAAUGACGUCAUUCUUGAACCAGGUUGGCAACACAUGGCGUUCACUGUACCUGAAAUACAUAGAGCUGCGUUCACUGGAGAUAUAAAGCAAUUAGCAACUCUCGCAAAACAAAAAGGAAACGCCAAUCUUCAAAUCAAAGACGGACCAAAGAUAUUGCUAAGCCUUGACAACUUCGAGAGAAACUAUGUGGGUUUUUUCGUUGGAACUACACCUUUGAUGGUCGCUAGUGAACGGGGAAAUAACAAAGCUUUGAGAGUGCUCCUCCAGAACGGUGCUCUCGUUAACACGGCCGACAGCGUGGGGCUCACAGCGUUCGCAUGGGCAUGUUCAUCAAACCGGAAGUCCACAUGUGAAUUGUUGUUGUCACAUCGUGCGAUGAUCGAUCUCAGAGAAGACCGCCAUGGGAUGUCACCAUUAUUGUUGGCCAGUCGCCGAAAUUUGACAGAUAUGACAAACUGGUUGUUGAGCAGGGGUGCAAAUGUCCACUCGCGGGACACAAAGGGAAUGUCAGCUCUCCACUUCGCCGCCUGGAACUACAAUAUACCUCUGAUGAUAUGUUUGGUUGAUCGCGGUGCCAUGCUCAACACAAAGGACCGAUCCGGAAAGACACCGAUACAUCUAAUGGCAUCCGAGGAUAGUGUCUUCGAGCCUGUAGAACUUGACCAUGGAAUAAACGAGCUAGAAAAGGCAAGUAUUGAACUACUUCUGGAACGAAAUUACCAACUGGAACAAAAAGGGGUUCGUAUAAUAUUAGAUAUACAUCGAUCCAUAACUCGUGGUUCUGGUCAAUUGCCUUCUUUGGAGGAGUAUUUGGCCCUUCAAAAGCUUGUUAGUUUGGGAGCUAAUGUGAAUAUGCAAGACAAAUCUGGACAUACACCGUUGCAUCUACUUGCCUCUCGUCUUCCCAAGGCAGUCGUGGUUCAGGGUUAUGUUAUUUGCACCGCGCCAAAGUUAAAUCAAUCCUUACUUGUACAAAUAAAUAUGCUUCAACGAUUUGGUGCCAAAACAGACCGAGCUGACCUUGCAGGACGAACGGCAGCCGAUCUGUGUGUCCAAGGAGAAAACUGGCUAGGAGUAAAUCUGCUGAAGAAAUAUUCCGAUCACGUAAAAGACAUGCCACGUCAAAAGAAAAUUGGAAAGGAGAUUUGGAGAAAAGGUAUGCAAUAUUGUGAAAAAGAAAAAGAACUGGAAAUGGCAAUAGAGAAGCUAACCGAUGACAUUCUUGACAACUGUGCGCUGACGCCGAGACAACAUAUGACGGCCGAUCUGAUGGCCAUGGCACGCAGGGAACUGCACGUGUUUCUCACAGACACUGUCCCCAACGGUCUCCGUGCAUGGUUCCUGUAAUUAUUAUACUGGUGUCAGUGCCCCGACAGAGAGAGAAAAUUGUCUUUAACUGCAAGAUCACGUUACAAUAUUGUAGUUCUACAAUACAAAAAGAAAAAUGCCUAUAACAGCGAACUCUCACCAAAAUGUGUAGUUCUUGCAGAUAUAGUAAGAAGAAGCCCCGUGAUAACGAUAACAAGAAAGUAAACCUUUGACGCGGGGUUGCUAAAGUAACAACACGCCUUUCGUACGUGGUUAACAACAAUUACUGGUAUAUUAUGUCUCAACUCUACAGAAUUAAUUUUCCAAAGUUGAGAAAUGCACAGAAAAACAAACACAAACUUGAAAUUACAAAAACAUGAUAUAUUUGAUAAGAGCAAACGACAAUGAGAUGAUGUACAUUGUCCGGCUACAUGAGCUAGCCGUAUGUACAGGUACAAAUUUAUCAUCUCUGACGGUAAGGUAAGCCCGGAUUGUGGCGCCACAGUACUACAUGUACAUAAGUGUAAGGCUGAUUCUUUAUAAGUAUGCUUUUAAGCAAGUAGCCUGAUACCUUUCUUUCAAUUAUAUAUAACAUCAGUAAAACAAUCUUAUACUGUGUCCCGGGUCCUAAGGUAAGGUAUAAAUUGAAAAUAAAUGCUGCAAGAAACAAAGAAACCUAUACGAAAGCGUGGCUUUACAUACAGAAAUGUCAUAGAAGUUGGUUCUAAUUUGUUUUGAAAAUGGAGUAUAUGAAUUAAAUUUCGAAUACACUUUAAGUUAGAAAACGAAGUUUAUCAACGACUGAGGAUGGGCAGAAAUACCUCAGCAUUCAUUGACAGUUUGUGUAGGACGCAUUAACCGUCAUUAUAUAUAUAAAUAAAACAGGAUCGGUUAAAACUAGGCUACAUCUAUCAGGGACACAAACAAAAACACCUAAGGUAGCUUGUGUGAGCGGACAUCAUAAUGACAUUGAAAUUGGUACACAAAUAUAACAAUAUGCACGUGAAGUUCAGCUAGACAAUUGUACAAUACAAAAUAUAAAUUAAAACGAGAUGUUCUGCUAGACAAUUGUACAAUAUAAAAUAUAAAUUAAACCGAGAUGUUCAGCUAGACAAUUGUACAAUACAAAAUAUAAAUUAAAAUUACAAAAUACAUCAUAUUUUAAUCCCUAUCAUACAGGGUACACAUGUUCGAUAAUCUGUAGCGUGUUACUGAUACACCUGUUCGAUAAUCUGUAGCGCGUUACUGAUACACCUGUUCGAUAAUCUGUGACGUGUUCAGGUUCACCUGUUCGAUAAUCUGUGACGUGUUACAGAUACACUUGUUCGAUAAUCUGUGACGUGUUAUUUUUCAACCACCAAGAAAGUCUGGUUUUAACGCCUCGUUUAUUGCUUAGCAAAAAAAAA